GUCAGUUCUGUCAAAAUGGCGCUCAAAGCACAAGUCGGUCAAAAAAUUAUGAAUGAAGUCAUCAAGCAGAAAAAAACAGCAAAAGCUGGUGCGGUGGAGUGGCGUAUCCUAGUGGUGGAUCAAUUGGCAAUGCGAAUGGUAUCGGCAUGCUGCAAAAUGCACGACAUAAGUGCCCAGGGAAUAACUCUCGUUGAAGACAUAAACAAGAAACGUGAGCCAUUACCCACGAUGGAGGCUGUUUACCUCAUCACUCCAUGCAAUUCAUCAGUGCAGAAACUCAUUGAUGACUUUAGUAAUCCAGGGAGAAUUAUUUACAAAGCGGCGCACGUUUAUUUCACCGAAGUGUGCCCGGAGGAGCUCUUCAAUGAUCUGUGCAAGUCAAUAGGAGCUAGAAAGAUUAAAACCCUCAAAGAGAUCAACAUUGCAUUUCUCCCAUACGAGUCUCAGGUUUUCUCACUGGACUCACGCGAGACAUUCGCCUGUUUCUACAACCCCUCCUUCAUAAAUCUACGUAACGCAAAUAUGGAGAGAAUUGCCGAGCAAAUAGCCACCCUCUGUGCCACCCUGGGGGAAUAUCCAUCAGUAAGAUACCGAAGUGAUUUUGAUCGAAACGUGGAGCUUGCCCAGAUUGUCCAGCAGAAAUUGGACGCGUACAAGGCUGAUGAGCCAACAAUGGGUGAGGGACCAGAGAAAGCACGAUCACAGCUUCUGAUUCUCGAUCGAGGAUUCGACUGUGUUUCACCUCUACUGCAUGAGCUUACGCUUCAGGCUAUGGCUUAUGAUUUGCUUGACAUCGAAAAUGACGUUUAUAGAUACGAAGCAACCCAGGGUCAAGAGAAAGAGGUUCUCUUGGACGAGAACGACGAGUUGUGGCUCGAACUGAGACACGAGCACAUUGCUGUUGUCUCCAACAAAGUGACGAAGAAUCUUAAAAAAUUCACGGAAUCCAAGCGAAUGCCCCAGGGUGACAAACAAAGCAUGAGAGAUCUCUCCCAGAUGAUUAAAAAGAUGCCCCAGUACCAAAAGGAACUCAGCAAAUAUGCAACACAUCUUCAUCUUGCUGAGGACUGCAUGAAACGUUAUCAAGGGAGUGUUGAUAAAUUAUGCAAAGUCGAGCAGGACUUGGCAAUGGGCACAGAUGCUGAAGGCGAGAGGAUAAAGGACCAGAUGCGCAAUAUAACGCCAGUUUUACUCGACCAGACAGUGGCUGAUAUCGAUAAACUUCGUAUAAUAUCCCUCUACGUAUUAUCCAAGAAUGGAAUAAGCGAGGAAAACCUCAGUCGUCUGAUUGGUCAUGCUGGUGUGUCUGGUGAUGACAAACAGACUAUUCUCAACAUGGCUAAUCUUGGAAUCAAUGUCGAUGGAAAGGGACGAAAGCCUUAUCAAGUAUCACGUAAGGAGAGAAUAACAGAGCAGACUUAUCAAAUGAGUCGUUGGACUCCAGUUGUCAAAGAUAUUAUGGAAGAUGCUAUUGAAGAGCGAUUGGACUCAAAGCAUUUUCCAUUUUUGGCUGGAAGAGCUGCCAGCUCUGGUUAUGCUCAUGCUCCAACUAGUGUUAGGUAUGGCCACUGGCAUAAAGACAAGGGUCAAGCUACCAUUAAAAAUGUUCCACGAUUAAUAAUAUUUAUCGUCGGUGGACUGUGUUUCUCAGAGAUACGUUGCGCUUACGAAGUCACAAAUGCUAUUAAAAAUUGGGAAGUUAUCGUUGGAUCCUCUCACAUCAUAACACCAAAGUCUUUUCUCACGGAUUUGAGCAAACUCCACGUCUAAACUCUCUAAAUCCACCGAAACUGAAUUGAAUUAUUAAAAAUUGACUGAAGAAAAAAUAAUGAAUUAUCCCCCGAGUUACGCACCACGCAGGUCCCGACGCCUCGAUUAAUUCCCUCAAUCCAUUAAUUAGCUCAUUAAUCGAUUAGUUGGAAAUUAGCGAAUGCAUGUCAAUUCAGCACUAAAAUAAGAAAAUCUAUAGACGUAAUUAAAAAAGCGGUUAAAAGUCACGAGGAUCAAGUGCCUGCGAAAUUUGAAUCAUCAAUAAUACAAAAAUUAUUUUAAAAAUUCGACAUCUUCCAAAGAAAUUGAAGAUUCCACUUUGCGUUUCCGAUAAAAUCGUCAAUCGAAUGAAAAUGAAAGUCUCUACAAAAUUUUUCCCAAAUCAACUGCAAAAAAUUUCGAAAAUGCUGACUCGGGUCAUAAAAUAACUAAAAAUCAACAGAAAAAAUUGUAAAAAGUAUUUGUUAUUCACUAAAAAGAUGUAUCUUUCCCCCAUAAUCCAAAUUCCAUCGAUAAAGAUCAGUAUAAAAAACGUAGAACUUAUAUAUAAUUUAACUGAUUGAGAAUAAAAAAUAUAUUCACUAUGAAGAGAUAAUAACGAGAAAAGAGUGCGUAUGCAGUAUUAGCGUGCGAGAAGCUUAAACUCACUGAUUCCUAGCUUUAAAUUCACGUAGAUAGACACCCGAAGCUUAGAAACGAUCGAAAAAAGACGUAAAAUAAUCAACUGCAUUAACAUUUGCCUUCGAAGUAAUUAUAAACAAUUGUAUUGAUUACUUCCAUUGAAUCUUGUUGUAUUGACGUUUGAAAUAUCUGGAUUUUAUCUCUGUUUAAUGAUAAUACAUUCCGUAAAAGCACCAGUCUAUUAUUCCUGAUUUAUUCAAUAACAAAGCACUCAUAUCAAAAGUGAAAUAAAUUAUUAAUGUCGUUACCGUACUUAAAGGAACGUUAAGUAGUUUUAGAGAGUUUAAUCACCCGAAUUCCAAUUUUUUCGAUAAACUCCCGAAUAUCUCAAAAAGACUUGGAUUUUGAGGAAAAUGCUAGAGGAAUUAUUUCUGUAGAAUGAAAUUUUCUACAAAAAAAUUCAUUUGACAUUCGUCUCUAAAUCCACUCCCUUCGGAGAUAAUCGCAGGAGAAUCACCGAGUUAAUUUUAUUUCGACUAGAAAGAGGUGAAAAUCAUUUUUGUUUCAUUAAAGAUGACAAAAAUAUCGAGAAUUAUAAUAAAUAUAAUGGAAGGAGUUCCGGAAGUCAAUGGAAAUAUGCCUGCUACCUUCUGACUGUUCGCAAUACCAUAAUUAAUAAUAAAAUUAUUGAUGAAUAUUGGAAAAACGUUGUCGUUGAAUUAGAAGAGAUUACGAGUAGAUUUGCGAUGUUUAUAAUGUAUCAAAUGGAUGUACGUAGUUUUUAUCCGAGAGUGAUCAUCAGAAAAAGGUAGAGUGACGACAAUGGCCUAUAUAUUACCGUCGUUAAAACUUUCAUUAAAAAAUCUUUGAUUGUGUAUAAAUUUGAUUUUAGUUGAAUUUCUGCAGUUAACGAGUUGAAUAAAUUAAAUUAUUUGUCUUGAGA